AUGCAACUUCCGCUGCUCUUCAGCAGCCUCGCUUCUCUUGUCAUUUUUGCAACAGCCCAGUCCACCUCCAAUCAGGUCCUGGUGGUAGAUCAACGCAGCUUUAAUGUUCUCAGACCCGUUCCUCCUCCUUCGCGGUCGAACCUGACGACGAUCUUUGUGCCACCGGGAAUCACGCUGGAAGAGGCCCUUGACAAACCCUUCCAUGUCUACGAUGAUGCCUUCUACGAUAUAAUUGGGCCAAACCCUACAUUGACCGUCCUUGCCAGUCAAGGGACCAACCCACUCUUCCACGAAGCCGUUGUCUGGUAUCCUCCGACCGACGAAGUCUUCUUUGUGCAAAAUGCUGGAGCUGCGGCCGCUGGUACAGGUCUGAACAAGUCCAAUAUCAUCCAAAAGAUUGCUUUGAGUCAAGCUGCUGCGGUAUCAUCCAUGCGGAAUGCCAGCGGUGAGGUUCGAAUCCAGACGGUGAAUGCUACGCCACCAGUGAUCAAUUCCAAUGGAGCGACUCUAUACCGUGGUCAAAUUCUCUUCACAGGGGAGGGUCAAGGCAACAACACAGCACCUGCUCUGUACGUUAUGAACCCAGAGCCCCCAUACAACACGUCUAUCCUUGUGAACAACUACUUCGGUCGUCAAUGGAACUCGUUAAACGACGUUGCGGUGAAUCCGCGCAAUGGGGAUGUAUACUUCACAGAUACUCUCUACGGCUACCUCCAAAACUUCCGACCUUCUCCAGAACUGCCAAACCAAGUGUACAGGUUCAACCCUUCGACAGGCGCCGUCACGACCGUGGCGGAUGGGUUUGAGUUGCCUAAUGGCAUUACGUUCUCUCCCAAUGGCUCUUAUGCCUACGUGACUGACACAGGAGCCCAAUACUCGAAUUUCGGGUAUAAUAUGACAGCUCCAGCCUCCAUUUACCAAUACACUGUCCUCGAAGAUGGGACGUGGUCCAACCGCAAACUCUUCAGCUAUGUCAGCCCCGGAAUUCCUGACGGCGUGCACUGCGACACUAAUGGCAACGUGUAUUCUGGGAUUGGUGAUGGGGUAGUCGUCUACAAUCCUUCGGGCAAGCUGUUGGGUAAGAUCUUCUUGGGCACUACGUCUGCGAACUUCAACUUUGCGGGAAAAGGCAGAAUGGUUAUCUGCGCGGAGACGGAACUGUAUUACGCCACAUUGGCAGCCGAAGGAGCAGUAGUCCAGAGUGAGAUGCCGCCUCAAUAG